AUGUCCUCUGCGCCAUAUCACCCACUCGCCUCCUUCUCAUCUCGCGACUCCGCUCCUAUUAAUCCACCCCAGCCGUUAGUUCGUGAGUUAUACGGUGUAGGCCGCGGUCCUGGUUCAGGUUCCGCCCGUGCCCUGUCCUCCGGACCAGGUUCGGAAUCUGCCUCGGCACAACAAUCCGUAGGGCUGGCAACACAAGGAUCUCACCUCGCGGGAGGAUCUCCUGGUCUGGCCGCGCGGGGAAUCGCUGGGAGCGCCAAGACUGGUUCUGGCACGGUUUCCGUCGCGGAUAACGGCGGAGAUGACGUGGAACGAUGGAGGGAGGCUGUUCAGGGGCUUCGCGACGCGGAGAGCUUGGUGGGAGCGCUGGAGCAGCUGCUGUUGGGACCAGAUACGUUGUUUCUAGACGCCAACGCGAUGCGAUCGGCGCGGAGUGUGUACGACGGGCAACGGCAGCUGCAUGCGCUGAACCGGCGCGUGGCGGGGCUGCAGGGGGAGCUGGACGCGGCGGUGGAGGCGGCGAGGGAGGCGCGCGCGGGGAGGCGGGAGAGCGAGGAGGAGCGACGGCGCAUGCAGGACGCACUGGCACAGGCGCAGCGAGACAUGGAGGCCACCUCAGGCGUGUUUGACCUGUACACGAGUGAGCUGCGGGGCCGGCAGCAGCAGCUGGAGCGAGCGGAAGAGGAGGUGCGGCACCUGCAAGCACGCCUGCGCGCCGCACCCGCCCAUCCCUCCACCUCCGCCCACUCCUCCCCCCAGUCCGCCUCCCACUCUUCCGCCUCCACCACGUCCUCUCUCUCUUACUCCUCUGCUUACGGCUCUGUGCACUCCUCAGCAUAUGCCUCUGCUGCAUCAUCGGUUUAUGGCUCGGCUAUAGAUGUCCCGUCUCCUGCUCCUGCUGCUCUUGCAACGGGAGCUGCCCGUGCCGCUCGUGCUGGUGCUGUGUCUGCAUGGGUUGCUGGUGCUGCUGCUACUGCGGGUGUGGUGGAGAGGACAGGUGGGGGGGCUGUUGAGGCACUGGGAGGCAAGCAAGGGGAUGAUGGGAGGGAUCUAGGGAGAGGAGGAGAGGAGGAAGGGCAGGAGAUGGGGAGUGUUGGAGUGAGUGGCGGUGCCAGUGGUGGUGCCUACAGGAAGGUUGGGGUUCUGGAAGAAGGUGCUGGUGGUACCAGCGAUACGGAACGGGAUGAUGAGUUCCUGGACAGUCUACAGUGA